UAAACAUGUCGUUUGAACCUCAUAACCUGAAGCCAAGACGACGGGGAAAAAAGGAAAAGAAAAGAAAAAUGGCGGAAGACACGUUGUAUCUUCAACUGCACAAGCUUUCAUCUGUAGAGCAAAUUCUUGACCAAAUUUUAACAACACUAUGGAAAACACGAAGGUCCGGUCUUCGCCCGCCCGACAAGUCUCGGUUUCAAUCUCUCCUUUCGCUCCCUUCCCUUCCCGACCUCGACCCUGUAUUGGCAUGCCUUCGAUUGCUUAUCAGGAAAUCUGUACAUGAAAAUUUCAAUGGCGAUGAUCUUUUGAAGCUGUUUCCGCCUGAUUUGUCACUUGAUUUGCAAAGUCUUCUGGUUCUAUUGUUGCAGAAAUAUCAGAGUCAAUGGAAGGAAGAACUAGCAAAAGAACAGCAUCCACAUUCAUUGCCAAGGACCAGUGUUUCCUGUCAGAUAAAGGCAAACACACCACCAUCUUUCACACCAUUGCCAUCUUCUGAUAUUCCAAAUUCCUUGUGGCCUCGUCAAGAUGAUCCUAGUACCAGCACUAAUCUUGGUGAUUUUGGGGCUUCACCAAUCAUUGCUGAUGCAGCUGGUUUUCGCCUGGCUCCCUUGCUAAUGCAACAGGAUGCUGGUCCUCCAGACAAUCUGGAAGUUUUACCCUGGCUUAAGUCAAUGACAUGGACCAUGGAGAAUCUCAACUCAGCGCCAGCCAAUAAAGCUGCUAUUAUCCAUCUUAAGCUUCAAGAUUAUAUCAAGUCUCCUUCAGGAGAGAGGGAAGUGAAAUUUCAGCUGACUAAAGACACACUUGAAGCUCUGUUGAGAUCAUUGACUUACAUCAGCGAACAACUUUCAACCAUGACUGGGACUUCCUCAGAGCCGGCACAGAAAAAGCAAAAGCAGUAGGACCAUACGGCCAUAGUUCAUUUCUUGUCUCUUUGUUUUCUGUACUGACAUUAUAUAUAGAUUCAUUUUGGAGUUAUCCACUAAGGUUUGCAUAGCGUAGAUAUCGAACUGAUUUCUAAGUGCAUGUUCAACAGAAUGGGGUAGAAUUCCUCUUAGCAUGCUUUUGUUUGAUUGUUGACUGUCUCAAUGUAAAUACUUGUUAAAAUUUCAUGCUCUGUUGAUCCGACCA